AUGGCAUCGAAAACCGGGACAGGAGUCUUGAGACUAGCAAGCCUCUUCUUCCUCUCGAUGACCAUGCCUACUGUGCCCUUCGUGAAAUAUGUCCUGGGCGCCUCGGUAGCUGGUGUUUCUCAUGACAUUUCCAUCGCAUCGCUGAUGGCGGGUGCAGGAACUCGCCGUGAGCGCCGACCUAAUAAUGCUGGGUAUUCUGCUGGGCCAAUUCGCGACGUACAUCUCGCACGGGUUCCACCGCACCGACUUCCUGGCACUGCGGAUAUGGGUGGCGGGGCUGUUUGUGCUGAUGCUGUUCAAAAGCCUGUAUGGCCUGUGAGUGCUUUGGCUCGCGUGCCCGUGUGUGCAGUGUGUGCUGUGCUGGCUGACACAUCGCCGAGUGCCCUGAUCCACAUCCAAGUGACUACGAAUUUUCUGGAUCUGGAGGGCGCGCUGCGACUCGGGGCGAGCACCGCAGCGGGGCUCGGGUACACGUGGGUCAUGCUGUCGGUGUACUACGUCGAGCUGUUCUUUUGCUGGAGACUGUGGACCUUAUCGAGGCGUCUGUGGAUCCCCGGCGCUCUCGCGCUCAUCUUCACCGCUGCGAUUAUCUGCGGGAUAUUCUCCAAUUCGCUCGUGGGCCCCAAGUUGGGCCACAUUCGCGAAUGGGACGCGGCCUAUCUGAUCGCUGUGUUUGUCGGGGACACUCUCCUCAGCGGGUCGAUCAUCUACGUCCUGCAUGGCCAAUCGCGACAGGUCACGCGCAACACCGCCAGCGUGCUGCAGCGCAUCGCGAUCCUCACCAUCCUCUGCGCGGCACCCGCGGCAGUCUGCUCGCUCGUGCUGAUCGUCAGCAGCCAGCUCGUCGCCAAUUGGGUCAGCGGCGGCGGCGCGCUCGCCGUGGCCAUCGUGUCGGAGCACCUGCUCCCGAAGCUGUACGCGUUUUCGGCGAUGUGGACGCUGAAUGCGCGCAAGGCGAUCAGGGCGGAGCUGGACGGCGCACCCGGCUGGAUGAUCACGCAGCCGUUUCCGGACACGGACAGCAUUGGGAGGGGGGCUGAUAGGUACCCAGGACAGCCGCGCGGCAUUCGAAGCAUGAGUCCGUUGUCCGAUGUAUCUGUCAAGUUCGGAGCCCCGAAAUCGCCCGUGGUUGCGGUCCCCAUGGGGAGGGACGAGGUGGCUGGGGAUGAUGACGUACUGCACUCAGAGGAAGAGGGAGAGGUCAAGAGGAGGGAUAUAUGAGCCGUGCUGAAGCUGCAUAAUGCCCGCGUUUUAUCCAAUGUAUACAGUGCUCAAGUGCCUUAUAAGAAGUGUGAUUCAUGUAGACGGUCUCAUUCGAAAAGGCGAGUAAGUAUAUUGCGUGUUUCAACGCAAAGGCGCAUUCCUCCUCAGGCUUUCCAACUGCACUCGUAUUUCAUGAGCUUACUAUUUACAAUGUGCUGUUCACGUGUGUAGAGAGUCUCAUCAACGUUCGUCCAGUACUGCUGCUCGAGGGGAUCUGACAGAAGCGAGGCCUGCGUUCAGUUCCAAAUAACCUUCCUGUAUGUUCGUUCAGAAGACCGCGUUCGACUCCAACCCAACAAAGACCAUAUUCCUCCCAUCUUCCCACCGCUCGGUAUGCCUGCGGAUGUGCUCAAUGUACGAGACGACAUCGGGAUUCGAUUCAGAAUCGACCGGAUAGAUGUACCGGAAUGCCUCGAGCGCGCGAUAGGCCGCCUGGCCACCGGGGCCGCCGCGGGCAGCGAAGAGGCUGUCGAGCACGUCCAGCUGCACGAAGCUCGUUGGAUCCCCAAAAGUCAGUUCCCGCAGGUCAGGCAGGACGUGCUGGCGCGGUGAACCGAGCUCGAGGAUGAGGUCGCUCUCGUCCCCGGUCCGCGUGUCCAUGUCGCGCACGCGCAGGACCUGAACGGACGGCGCCCCGAGGGCGACGUUGAGCACCACGGCGAGGUUCACCCGGAAGAAGCAGAGGGUGUGCAGGAGGGAGGCGUUGAGCGUCUCGGCCAGGCGCCGCAGUGUGAAGCAGUCGCCGCCGCCGCCGCCGCCGCCGCCCUCGUGCGGGCCCUCGCCCCCCGGAUCCGUCCGCAGCUCGCUGAUCUCGAGCGUCUGCAGCGAGGGCGCGGAGAGGCUCCGCGCAAGCCACGCAGCGGGGCACUCGACCGCCGGGAGCGUCAGUUUCAGCGUCAGGAGCUUCGCGGCGUUCUUGUGCGCGACGAUGUCCGCGGCCGCCGGCGUGCUCGGCGGCUCCGCGCCGGAGUCAAUCAGCUCGAGCGAGACGAGGUUGGGCAGGCGCUUGUGGAGGAUGAGGUCCUGGUACGUCGUGCGCGCCUCGUGGACCUCGAGCGUGAAGUGCGUGAUCUGCCGCCACGCGAACGCCACGUGCACGUCCUCGGGGUGGCCGUUGCGCCCCGGCGUGACGCGGGGCGUCCCGUCGUGCAGGGGCACCCACCAGAGCGCGUGCGCGAACACGCGCAGGCGCACGAGGCGGGGCGCGACGGCGAUGAACUCGGAGCCCCAGGAGUGGUGGAUCAAGACUUCUUCUUCUUCUUCGCGGGACCACAGAUCGAGCGUCAGCGACUCGAGGCGGGGCAGGUCGGGGAUGAACUCCGUGCAGCGGCGGAAGAUGGUCGCGGCCUCGCUCGGCGCCGCGAUCUCGAGCGUGCGCCAUUGCUCAGCGUGCCCCAGAAGGUUGACGAACAGCUCCACGAGGCGCCGGGGAUCCGUGCGCGGCAGUCGCCCGCUCCCGCUGCGACUGUGCUGCUCGAGCAGCACCGAGAUCGACAGCGGCAGGUCUCGCGUGCGCGACAGCCGCAGGAUCAGAUGCGCGAGGAAUGCGGUCCAUUGCUGGUCCGACACAUGGGUGGGUGGUUGGAGAUGGAUGUGCGUCCAGAGCGCGGGCGUCGAGAGGGCGAUGCUGCGCCAAUGCCGACAUACGGUAGCGAGCAGCGAUGGAUCUGGAUCGCACUCCUCCACGUAGUGGAAGAAUAUCGCUUCUGUGAGCUCAUAUGGAAGGUCCAGGGCCGGAGGGCAUGAUACGGGCUUAACAGCUUGAGGAUGUUCAAUGUAGCCGUGCUUCAAUGCGCGCUUGAGUCGGGAGAGCAGCCGGGACGGGCGAGACGUUCGCGUCGACAUUGUUGUGUGAGAGAUCUGCUUGGCCGACGGGAGAAGCGCCGGG